GUUCAGCUUUUUAAAACCAAUAACCAUCAACCAUGGAAGCAAAAUAUGCUAUAGUUUUCUCAGCCUUAUUCUUUUCUCUGUUCAUCGUAGGUGAAACAGCUGCUACAGGUAAUUGGAAACUACUGAAGAAAAGUAUUGGAAUUUCAGCAAUGCAUACUCAAUUGUUGCCAAAUGAUCGAGUUAUUAUGUUCGACAGAACAGAUUUUGGUCAAUCAAGAAUUUUAUUACCAGCAGAAAAAUGUAGCAAUGCUACUAAUCCUAGAGUCGACUGUACUGCUCACUCGGUUGAAUUAAACCUUUUGGAUCGAAGUGUCCGUCCACUAACUGUGCUUACAGAUACUUGGUGCUCUUCUGGCUCUUUAGCAUCUGAUGGCAUGCUACUGCAAAGCGGUGGAUCCAACAACGGUGAACGUGCUGUUCGGAGUAUUCGGCCAUGCGCUAACUGUGAUUGGACGGAGGAUCAAAGAGGUUUAGUUGUUCCUCGAUGGUACGCAUCUAAUCAAAUUUUGCCAAAUGGGAAGGUCAUUGUCGUUGGUGGUCGAGGUCAGUUUAGUUACGAGUUCAUCCCCAAGAGCUCAUUGCCAUCGGAUUUCACAGUCUUUGCACUUCCAUUUCUAAGAGAAACCAGAGAUGCCGUAGAGAACAAUUUAUACCCAUUUACUCAUCUCACACCUGAUGGAAACCUUUUCAUAUUUGCUAACACGAAAUCAAUUUUGUUUGAUUAUAUAAACAAUCUAGUUGUCAGGAAUGAUUAUCCAGUCAUGCCAGGUGGAGUUUCACGUAAUUAUCCAAGCACGGGUUCAUCUGUACUUCUUCCGCUGAAACUUGGUCUCAGCAACAGUACUAUUGAUGCUCCAGAUGCUGAGGUCUUCAUCUGUGGAGGGGCACCACCGACUUCAUACGUCACUGCGAUUAGAGGGACGUUUUUACCAGCUGCUAAAUCAUGCGGACGUUUAAUGAUCACGGCGGUACAACCCCAAUGGAAAAUGGAAGAAAUGCCAAUCGAAAGAGUCAUGGGUGACAUGCUCUUGUUACCAACAGGUGAUGUGUUACUUAUAAAUGGUGCGAAAAAAGGCGCAGCUGGUUGGUAUUUAGGUAGGGAACCGGUUCUAAACCCCGUACUUUACCAGCCGGAAUCGAGUAAAUAUGAGAUUAUGGAAGCAUCGACGACUCCUCGAAUGUAUCAUUCAACUGCUAUUUUGAUUACUGAUGGUAGAGUAUUAGUCGGUGGGAGUAAUCCUAAUUCUAAUUACAACUUCACCGAGAUGUUUCCUACUGACUUGAGUGUUGAGGUUUUUUCGCCACCUUACUUAAGUAGCGGUUCUCGACCGCAAAUCAGUUGGGUGAAACCAGGAACUGAACUAUCUUAUAAGCAAGCAAUUUCCAUUGGUUUUGUCCCGAAAAGGAACGAAACGUUAGAUAACGUUUCUGUGACAAUGAUUGCGCCAUCAUUCAACACACAUUCUUUCUCCAUGAAUCAAAGGAUGAUGGUUUUGAAAACCAGUCAAUUACGUCAAGUCACCAGCAGUUAUUAUAUCAUUGACUGUCUUGCUCCGGAAACCUCUAAUAUUGCACCACCCGGCUAUUAUCUUCUCUAUGUGGUGCAGAAUGGGGUUCCUAGUAGGGGGAAAUGGACUCAUAUCAGCUAAUAGUGUGAAAGAUUGCUCGCUUGCUUUUCAAAUUUUUGAAUAUUUUUGCUUAAUAAACUACAUUUCUGCAUUUACUUCGUACAGAAUGAUGUAAAAAAAUUUAUUGUGUACAAGUGUAAUCAAAGAAGGGCUGUGUUUUGUUCGUUCAAAA